UCCUAUCCUCGCAGUCUCUCCGCUCCUAAACUUCCCCAUUACCCCGGCCGUGUAGCGAGUUGCAGCACCAUCAUCGGUAGUCCGCCAACAUGGCACAAUUCAUUGGGCAAUCAUGGAAGUCGUUUUGGCACACCAUGACCUCCAACGACCGUCAUGCCUCGCACGAUUCUCCCUACCGUACCGGUCGUCACAUUCCCUUGCCCCAGAGCCGCCAUGCUCCCCUCACAUCCGUCGCAACCAACGGCGCAGAAUCCCGGGUGGACUUAUCCUCGCCAUACACACACGACGACACUCCAACGAGCAAUGGCUUCAUUGGCUCGCCCAGGGGCCCUCUCUCGCCAACUUCUCCCUAUUCUCCGGGAAUGCGUUCAUCGCUGAGUCGUCAGGCCACUGCCGACUCCGAUACUUUUGAUAAGGCCGCCAAUGGCGAUGUUCCUCUGCAAAACUUCUCGGAAGGUCUCCCCCCUGCCCCGCCAGUCGGCCAUUCGUGGAGGCGCAUCGAUCGAUGGGUCGAGGAUCACUACGAGGAGCUUUUUGACAAUCUCUGCGAGGGCUGCACAUCAAACGAUGUGAAUGAGCUUGAGCACGAGCUGGAUGCCACUCUUCCCAUGGAUGUUCGUGAGUCGCUACAAGUACACGAUGGUCAGGAGCGCGGUGGUCUGCCUACCGGCAUCAUUUUCGGAUGUAUGUUGCUCGACUGCGAGGAGGUCGUCAUGGAGUGGCAAAACUGGCGCACCGUUGCUGAGGAGUUCCUCACUACCAAGCCCGACUACAACAGGACCCCACAGAUCCCAGUCAAGGCCUUUGCUGGAUCUUCCUCGACGGUUCCUGUAUCCCAACCCCAGUCAAACACAAACCCGCUCUGGCGACAAGACCUGCUUGCCAAGCAAGACUCCCAGCCGCCAAAUGCUGUUCAGAAGGCUUACUCGCACCCUGCUUGGAUCCCCCUCGCUCGUGAUUGGGGAGGUAACUACCUUGCUACUGACCUUGCUCCUGGCCCAACCGGUACCUGGGGUCAGAUUAUCAUCUUUGGUCGUGACUAUGACUGCAAAUACGUGGUUGCGCGUUCGUGGAGUGCCUUGCUCGCCAUGGUCGCCGAUGAUCUUGGUACCGACAAAGUCCACAUUGAGGAAGAGACUGGCGAGCUCAAGCUCCUGGAAUUCAAGAAGAAGCAAAACGUAGAGCCGCCUUACUUGGAAAUCCUUCGCUGGCGCUGCGAUCAAAAGUACGGGCGGAAGCCACCCAAGAAGCGCCCUCAGAGCGGGCUCCGCAUCAACUCUAACGGCGGUCCCUCGUCCGCCGGACCUAGUAGCACAAGCAGCAGCCCCUAUGGCAGCCCCGUUCUCGGUCCUGAAGAUCGCGGCCGAAGCCCCCACCGGCUAUCCCAGAACCCCAAGAAGAAGGGAGUGAGCCCUCGUGCCAAAAUGUCGAGUCCGCUUGCGAGGGUCGCGGAAGAGACGCCGCAACCGAUCCGUGUCCACACCGACCUCGACUCCAAGGCAGGUGCACCUCAGGAGCAGUUGAUCUCCGUCGAUACCCCACGACCCAGCGAUGAUAUUCCGGCGAGACAAAGCUUCGGUAGCGACAAAGAAAACAAGAAGGAGAAGGCGAUGACAUCACCAAAGAGCCCUGAAGCCCCUGCAAAGAGCGCCACCGCGGCCGACGCUUCGGAGCUCAAGACGGUCGAGAUAUAAGGAUGCCACUUUCUUAAUUUCCUCUUCCUUUGAGCGACGGAGGCGUUCUGCUGCGUUCCUUUCUCAACACUCCAUCACGAUGUCAUUGUUUCUCCUUGAAGCGACAAACUGUUACACAUGAUCUAUUUUCCCCCACUUGGGGUCCGCUGGAUACGGGCAAUGCUCUCUCUCUCUUUUUUUAACACACACUUCACGCACACUACCACGUCGGAAAACAGAAUCAAGUGCAACACGACGGUCAUAAAAUAUGACAUGUAUUCGAAAGAUCCCCUUAAUCUUCUCUUCCUUUUUUCUUUCUUUCUCUCUAUACCAAACAUGAUGAACCAUGGGUUGUCCUUUCCUCCCUUUUUUUAUAAUCUUUGGAAACGGUGCAAAGGGGCGAAAGCGAAAUUACCGACUUCUCUAUCUUGGUCUGCGUUUUUCCUCGGGGAAACCUCUUGUUUUGGGACGAAUAGCGAUGUGCGGUAGACGGGCUCGAGGUCGAACAAAGAGAUGGAGACAGAGGAGGGCGUGGUUUGCUUGUCGGGUGUUUGCUUGGGUUUGGGCUCCGGUUUCGAUUCAGGUUCUGUAUGGGCAGCAUGUGUGUAUUGCGUUGUGUCGGAGCGAGCGUGCGUGCGUUGCAUGUGUAAAGAACAUACUUUGUACUGUCAAACCAAUUGGACCCUCUUUUCUGCAUAUAUGUAUAUCCAUCUCCUCAUCUCUAUUUCAUCCACACGUGCAUAU